UUUCCGUAUCCGUUCUUCGUAUUCUAUAUUAUUAUAGCGGUCCGCAAACAAAUGUUAGAGGUGCAUGUCACCGCCUACUGUCCUGGAGUGUGUAGUCAAUCACAGUUCACAGACUGAAUAAAGAAACCAUUAAUAAAGAUAAAUGAAACCCUCUUAUAUAAUACGGUACUACUAAGAAAAUAAAAACAGCCCUACUAACUUCUAACAACCUAUCCCCAAAAUCCCUUUCAACACCCUGAUCCCCAUUCAACCUCAAUAACCCUACACGUCAAUAUUUCUCUCUUCCACAUACCGGUACUUACAACAAUACAUUAACAAAUGCUUCACUGUUUCAUAAAUUAUACACUCUGUACACAAACCAUUUGCAUGCUUGCCAACCAGAUAUAAUGCCGAUUUCAAUGUACAAAGUCCUAGAUGCAACUGAGCAAACACCACCUCUUCCUUCUUAAUCUGACCCUUGAAUCUUGGUCCACCAACCGUUCUUUGGAGGGCAUAUAAAUGCUGGCCCUUGGGCUCUGAGUCCUACCUCUUCUACCACACAUUUCUACCCAGUGGAGCACAAAUAUCAAUUAUAUCUAGUUUUAAAGCCAUUUUGGCUACCUGGUCUACUAUUUCACUCCCAGGUGGGCUGGGACCCAGCAGAAUCGCACUACUACUCCCAGUCUCUUGAUUCUCCAUAAUAACAUUAAUGCCUCCAAUAGUAGGUCACUCCUAUUAGAUUUUCCAGAUGAUAAACUGUUCAAUACAGACAGGGAAUCUGACCAUACUACAUUUCUGACUGGUGGAGCAUCCUCCACCCACUGGAGCAUGUACUAUUGCCAAAGGUUCAACUAAAUAUACUGACAGUUAAUCUGUUAGUUUCGACAUAUCUCUACAUCAAAUUCAGGGAUGUAACCGCCUGCUCCUGUACGACCCAAUGAUGUACAGUACCAGUCAAAAGUUUGGACACACCUACUCAUCCCAUGGUUUUUCUUUAUUUGUACUCUUUUCUACAUUGUAGAAUAAUAGUGAAGACAUAAACUAUGACAUAACAUAUAUGGAAUCAUGUAGUAACCAAAAAAGUUUUAAACCGAUCAAAAUAUAUUUUAUAUUUGAGAUUCUUCAGUUGCCACCCUUUGCCUUGAUGACAGCAUUGCACACACUUGGCAUUCUCUCAACCAGCUUCAUGAGGUAGUCACCUGGAAUGCAUUUCAGUUAGCAGGUGUGCCUUGUUAAAAGUUAAUUUGUGGUAAAAGACCAAGUCCAUAUUAUGGCACGAACAGCUCAAAUAAGCAAAGAUAAAUUACAGUCCAUCAUUACUUUAAGACAUGAAGCUCAGUCAAUCUGGAAAAUGUCAAGAACUUUGAAAGUUUCUUCAAGUGCAUUCGCAAAAAACAUCAAGUGCAAUGAUGAAACUAGCUCUCAUGAGGACCGCCACAGGAAAGGAAGACCCAGAGUUACCUCUGCUGCAGAGGAUAAGUUCAUUAGAGUUACCAGCCUCAAGCUCUGGAUCCAACAAAUAUUUGCUUUGUCUAUCAUAUUGAAAUGCCAAUACACAUAGCUGGAUGCUGCAGGUCACUCACUGGGAUUACUGUAUGUGUCCAUGAAUACACAAAUGUUGGUCGUAAUAUCAAGGUGCCUAUUUAGUUUGACACACAACAGAGAAAAAUGAACAAUAUUGAUAACCUGUAAAAAAAAAUGUUUUAUGAGAAUAAACUUCUCAUAUGGCACAGUAGGUGGCAGCCAUGUAUCAUUGUAUUCCCGCGAGACUAGAAAGUCGUAGGGUUGUUGACAACCAUAGCUCUUGAAGUUUUCGAAUAAUAAAUCAUAGAAGUAUGCGAUAGCAAUGUCGCCAGCGCUGUCUUUUAUACAUGAGUUUAGCGUAACGUUUGUGUCAUCUAUAUGAUAACAGGAUAUAGGGACAUAAUAUUAUAGCAGAGCAUUGCCUGUGCACUAUGGCAGCCCCAACUCCUCCACAGAGCACCCUGAGGGAGUUCUGUCCCCUAUACUACUUGCUUAAUGCAAUACCUGCCAAGGUCCAGAAAGGCUUCCGCUCUGUAGUGGUCUACCUGACUGCUCUGGACACCAACAGAGAUUACAUUGCUGUGGGGAGCAGUAAUGGGAUGCUCUAUCUGUACUGCAGGCGGGUCAGCCAGAUUAAUAAAUACAGCAUAGAGGGGAAAUCCGAAGCUAUCACAGCGGUGAAGCUGCUCAGUUGUUUUGAUGACUUGGUGGCAGUGGGCACGGCGUUUGGUCGGGUUGCUGUCUUUCAACUGGUGUCUCAACUUCCAGGCAGGAACAAACAGCUAAGGCGAUUUGAUGUGGUUGGUUUGCACAAAAGCACAGUCACUGCCUUGGCCUGGAGUGCUAAUGGAAUGAAGCUCUUCUCUGGUGAUGUCAAAGGAAAGGUUGUGUACUCUACUGUGGACCUGGAUCAGGGUGUGUGUAACCCAGUGCUGCUGGUUGAGGCUUCAGCCAUAGUCCACCUGGAGUAUAGUCAGAAGGUCCUGCUCAUCUCCUCUUAUCAGAGAUCCCUGCUGUUCUACACCCAGGAACAGACCCUGCAGCAGCUGGUCACCAAGCCUAGGAAGAGCAAUGGGAAGUUUGGUGCGUGCUUCCAGCCAGGCCUGUGUAAGCAGAGUGACCUGCUAGUCUAUGCAGCGAGGCCUGGCCUCCGGCUGUGGCGGACGGAUGUAAGAGGGCUUGUGGUGGACACGCUGGUCCUCAAGCGUCUGUUCAACCAGGAGGUGCCACAGUUUGAGCUGUUCACCAGGCCGGGCCCCACGGGGGGUUGCCGGCCCCACGAGAGGCAGCUGGGUGUGGUGAGCUGCUUCCUCAGAGAGGGCUGGGUCCUCAGCUGGAAUGAAUAUAGUGUCUACGUGUUGGACUGCCUCAACCAGGUGAUCAUCGGUGCACUGGAGAGCUGUGGGGACAUCGUCUCUGUAUCAUGCACCGAAAAUGAGCUCCUGAAAGGAGAUCGGGACAUUGUUCGCAUCUCGAAUGCUCCUGAGGACUUGGCUUCCAACAUUUCUGAGUUGUCCUUCCGUCUGACCUCUCCCCUGACCACUCCUACCAUCCUGCUUCCUCCCUCCGGCUCCGUGUAGACAGUCCAGCCUAUCAGGACAAUGGCCAUCACAGAGCAGGGGGAGCGGGAGAGGCUGGUGGAUGAGGAGGUAGAGGAGGUGCUGGAGCAGGACCAGCUGAGUAACAUCCUCGAGGCGGGGAAGGCCGGAGCCCUGAUGGAGAGGCCUGAGUUGGGGGAGCGACUGGACCACCAGAGAGGAGGCAGUGUAGGGGGCACCAGUGAUUUUCAUAGCCGCAGCAGUUCCAUCACGUCCUGCGACAGAGUUCAGGGCAUGAUGCUCUCCACCAGCACCAUGGAGCAGUCAGAGCUCUCCUCCAGCCAAUACAGUGCCAUCAACCAGGAGGACUUUCAGCAUGAGCUAGUGGUCCAGGCCAUCAAAGUCAAGAAGAAUGCCAAGAGGAGGAGGCAAGAAAGUGGAAACCGCAUCGGUGAGCAGCACAACAGCUGGUCCGAGAGCAUUUACAGUCAGGAUGGAGGAGGGGGCAGCGACGGGGGGACCAGCACCUCUAUCAGUGAGCCCCCCUCAGCUUCUGACCACACAAGUUUCCCGUGCAGCAGUCUGGACCUACAGAGCAGGAGCAGCGGAUCCCCCGACCAGGAGGGCUCCAUCAGUAGGGCCUCUCCAGAACUCACUGCCUCUGGAGCUCAGAGCCAGGGUGGUGACCAGAGAGAGGACCCUCUGACUCAGACUCAACCCCCUGGGACUCAGCCUCCCUCCUGCCCCAUGUCCCUGCCCUCCCAGGACAUGGAGUGCCAGUCCUACCCAAAGAAUGAAAACAGACCCUCCAUCACUAACAAAGAGGGGGAGGCUCCCACCCGACACGUAGACCUAUUACUGGAGUGCACCUUUGCCUACAUGCAGACCUCGAAGGAGCAAGACCCCAUGGAGGAGCAGGAGGAUGAUCUCCUGAGCCCCCUCAUUGGGCUGGAUGACUUGGACCAGGACGACCCCCACCACCAGCACUGUCAACUGGAUCUGGAGCCUCCUAGCUGUGUUGAUCAGAUGUGUUAUUCCCUGGAGCCUGAGCAGUGCCACUCUAGUGACGAGGAGGACAUUUACGCUGUCCACGGAGUUCCGUACUCAGCCUCCAGCGCCAGCCUGGGAAACAGACUCAACGCCCUCAACCUCCAGGGGUCCAACAUCGGGCAGCAGGACCAAGACAAGACAUUGGCAGAGAGCUGGAUGGGCUACACAGGGCCAGGCUGUGGCAUCCUCAACCUGGUUGUGACUGACCAAUACAUCUGGUGCCUGGACUUUAAAGGAGGCCUGUACUGCAGUGCCCUCCCAGACAGGGGCCUGAGCUGGCAGAAGUUUGAGGACAAUGUGCAGCAGGUGGCACUGUCACCUUCAGGGUCCCUGCUAUGGAAGGUGGAACAGAAGACCAUGACAGCGUAUGCAUGUGGUAAAGUCACCAUCAAAGGAAAGAAGCACUGGUACAUGGCCCUGGAGGAUUCUGCCUUUGUGGCACUUGGUGAAGACACAGCAUGGAUCAUCCGAACCAGCGGGGACCUCUACCUGCAGACAGGUUUGAGUGUGGACCGUCCGUGUGCACGAGCUGUGAAGGUGAACUGCCCGUGUCCUAUGGCCCAGAUCGCAGCGCGUGGCGGGGUGGUGUGGGCCCUCAGCCAACACAGGGCCGUCUUCUACAGAGAUAGCGAUGGCCUCAGCAGCUACUGCUCUGAGGGGGAAAUGUGGAAGUAUGACAAAAUCAGUGAGAGUCAGGGUCUGGAGCCCAUCUGUAUAGCCCUGGGAGAGAGCAACACGGCUUGGGCUCUGGAUACCAGCGGCAGUCUGUGGUUUAGGACUGGAGUCACUGCCAGGAAGCCCCAAGGGGAAGAUGACCACUGGUGGCAGGUGAGCAUCACAGACUAUGUGGUGUUUGAUCAGGGCAGUCUGUUCCAGACUCUGAUCCAGGCCACUCAGAACAUGGCCACAGCCACCAAGGCUGUGGAGCGGGUUGCAGAGUGCCUCCGCAUGGCCUUCCUGUCCCAGCAGUUCCAAUGCCAGCCCAGCCUGGUCUCCUCCAACACCAGCGGCGUCUGGAUUGCAUCCGGCAGGAACAACUUCAAGGGCAGCCUCAGCGGUACGUUUUGGCAGGGUGUGGUACCCAGAGGAACCGUCUCAGCCACCAAGUGGGCAUUCGUCUAUUCCUCGGCUGUACUCACUAAAGAAGGGAGCUUCCUGUGGCUGGGCCAGAGCAGGAAAGACCUGUUCUGUGUUUGGGACCAGGAUGGUCAGAUGCACCUCACCACAGUCCAACUGCCCCAGGACACAGAGAUGGUCCAGCUCUCUGCCUGCCGCGAUGCCCUGUGGGGACUGGACCAACACGGCCGCGUCCACAUCCGCACCCUCUCCACUAGCUGCCCCACCGGCAUGCACUGGAACCUACUGGACCUCAGCCAGCUCGAUCAGGUAAGGCUGGUCAGCGUAUCUUGUGGCAGCCAGAACGUGUGGGCGUGUGAUGGCUAUGGGAUGGUCUAUUUCCGCGUCGGUACGCAACCCCUCAACCCCAGCAUGAUGCUUCCUGCCUGGAUCUGUAUCGAACCACCAGAGCAGCCACUAGGAGUGCAUUUUAUUAGAAUCCACACCAGUCCCAACGACAGAAUGCUGUGGGCCAUGGACAACAGAGGGAACGUACAUGCCCGCACGGGAAUCACAGACAAGAUGCCUAUCGGCACAGACUGGGAACACAUUCCAGGCCUGCAGGCCAAUCAGCUGGUGCUGAGUGUGAAGACUGUUUGGGUGCGCUGCCCCAACAGGGAGGUGGCGAGGCGCUAUGGUAUCACUGACAAGAACCCAGCAGGGGACUACUGGAAGAAGAUACCAGGCCUGCUCAACUGGCUGACAGUGACACCCAUGGACGAGCUGUGGGCUGUGAGUGUUUCUGGAGGUCUGAGGCACCGGCUCACCGAGACCCUGGUGCACAACACCAUCAAUUCCCAUGUCAACACAGGCUCCCUGAGCAGAGAGGACCUGGAAGAGGAGUGGGAGGUCAUCUAAAGAAGACUGAAAUUGUGUUCUAUUCCCUAUAUAGUGCACUGCAUUUGACUAGGGACCAUAGGGCUCUGGUCAAGUCGUGGACUAUGAAGGGAAUAGGGUACUAUUUCUCACAUCUCUCCCCAACUGAAACAACCACUCUUUAUUAAUAUUCAUUUUCACUGCUGAAAUGGGCUGCAUUGCAAUUAUUGGUGGGCACUUUAUCUACUGUAUGUCUUUUUAAUGUUAUCAUCCUAUGUACAAAGUAGAUUCUAAGGCAACUGCUUGGUGCUUAUGAAUCAGUACGGAUUGCACAAUGGCUUUGUGGACAGACAGGAUGGGAUAAUUGGUGUUACCAAGGGAACGGGGUGUCUCCCAGACCACCUCAUGCUGUGUACAACCAGUGUUUACUUUUAACCUAACCCAACCAAUCCCUAUUGAAUUUAAUUUAAGGAAUGAAUUGUUAUAUUCGUUUUAAUAUUUUUUUUAUUGGUGACGUUUUAGGAAUGCUAUUUUUUUCCUUCAUUUUAGUUAGUUUGCACUUUAAUUGAAGUGGGAAGGUAACUGCACUCCCAAUACAGCACUAGUCAAGACUUGCUACCCUGAGACCGUACACAGCGUUAGUCUAGACUUUAUACCCUAAGACAGUCUGUUGUUUUCUUAGAAAACGUCCUCUCCCAAAGGAACUUACUGUAGCUCUUGUAUUGUUUUUUACAUAUCGAUUUAUUCCGAUGAAUACUGUACGUACCACAACACACUUAGAGCCUUCCAAAAGGGUAUCUUCAAUUAAAUAUUUAGAUCUGUCAUACCUCUAGUCCAGUUGAACUACUAUCACAGGAGUUAUAUAGGGCCAUGGUCUUUGAAUUAUGUUUUCAUGUUGUUUUAAUGGAAACUACGAUGGUAGUAUGAAGGAGAUCCAUUUAGUUUUUUUACUGUUUAUAAUAACACAGAUGUAACGUGACUGGAAGUACUUGAAUGGAGAAAUGUAUCAUGUUAGUCAUUUAGUGCAAGGGUAGCAUAUAAGUGUAGGUGCUUACUGUGCACAUAUUGAUUGAUGUUUCCUUUUUUACUGUGGAAUACUGUGCUCACUAAGGAAGGGAUAUUUGCAGGAGUUUGUUCUGGGAGAUUUAUAACACGUGUAUUUUGUAUAACUACCAGAAAGGGAAAUGAACCAAAUAAUUUAUUCCGUCUUAAUACAGUUACUGUAUAAUUAAGGGAAUCAUGCAUUUAAUGGUAUCAUAUUGUUGCUUCUGAAUACUGUGCUAUUUAAUCCUUAGGAGUUUGCCAGUUCAAUUCAGAUUGACAAAGUCCGGGCUAGAAGUAGUGCACAAUAUAGAUGAAUAGGGUGCCAUUUGAGAUGAAAAACCAGAUGAAAAAUUGAAUGACAGAUGUUUUACACUAGACAGGAAAACCCAAAAUUCGAGUUGAAGUAUCCCCUCUGUGUGUCUAUAUGGGAUUCCAUGGGAUAUAGAGCACUGCAAGUCCACUGAAUCCUGUUGUAUGAAUCUAUGCCUCUCCUCAGUAUGAAUGAACUUCCUUAAUAAAGGUGUUUACAGUGA